ACAACCUACACGCGAUGCAAUCGCAUAUAAUCGUAUGUUACAUAUAAACGAUGAAAAAAAAUUUAUCAAUCGUAUUGAAAAUGGUGGUGAUCGAAAAAUAUCAAAACCUUACAUACCAAAUAAACGGUUAGUACAUUUUGAUUUAAAAGGUGCACCACCGAAAGUCAGUUAUUUAAAACGAAUAUUCCCAUUAAUUAAAAAUAUGGGUGCAACAGGUAUUUUAAUUGAGUACGAAGAUAUGUUUCCAUUUUCGGGAUCAUUAAGUGAUAUCGCAGCUGGAAAUGCGUAUACGAAAAAAGAAGUACAAGAGAUAUUAGACGCGGCUAAAGAAUCCAAACUAGACGUGAUACCAUUAGUGCAAACUUUCGGUCAUGUAGAAUUUAUAUUGAAACAUAAAAAAUUUAUUCCAUUAAGAGAAAUUCCAGAAAGUCCACAAGCAUUGUGUCCGAGUCGAAAUCAAUCGUUAGACUUAAUACGCGAAAUGAUUACACAAGUGAUGGCAUUACAUCCGAAUGUUCAAUAUUUACAUGUGGGAUGUGAUGAAGUUUUUCAAAUGGGUGAAUGUGAGAAAUGCCGUGAAAUUAUACGAGAAACCUUGUUUUUACAACAUAUCAAAAAUGUUGUCAGUAUUGUAAAUGAACAAUGGCCACAUUUAAAGAUUAUUAUUUGGGAUGAUAUGUUACGACAUAUACCAGAACGUACUUUAGAUGAAAUGAAAAUUGGGGAAUUAGUACAACCCAUGGUUUGGGUUUAUGUUGAACAAAUUUAUCAUUUUGUUCAAAUUCAAGUAUGGGAAAAAUAUGCUGCUAUAUUUCCAACUGUGUGGGCAGCUAGUGCAUUUAAAGGAGCAUUUGGUGAAACAUUGUUUAUUCCGAAUGCAAAACGUCAUUUAACAAAUAAUUUACGUUGGCUCGAAAUUAUGGAAGAUCAAUCAAGUAAUUUUAAAAAUGGUUUCGAAGGAAUUGUUUUAACUGGUUGGCAGAGAUACGAUCAUUUUGCAGUACUUUGUGAAUUAUUACCAGCAGCUCUUCCAUCUUUAGCUUUAAGCUUGAUUGCUGUGUCUAAUGGUUAUUUUAAUCAAUCGUUAAGAGCUCCAUUGCUUUCUUCUUUAAGUUGUCCUCAGUAUCAAAGUGCAUCUACAAAUCGACCAUUUAUAUCAUUAGAUACUGAUCCGUAUCUAUGGGAUAAAUUUUCACGAUGUAUGUUCCCUGGCAGUCCUUUUUUUAAAUUAACAUAUCGUUUAGAUGCAGCUGAAACUGAAAUUAAUGAAUUUGUAAAUAGUAUUACAAAACAAAAAGGCUGGAUGACUAGUUAUAAUGUAAAAUAUAACUACACUUUACCAUUACGUGUAGAUGAAUUAAUGUCUGAAUAUCCACGUGUUUAUCAUACAAUUUCAUCUUUAGCACGUAACGCUCAUGAUACUAUGAAUGAUGUUUUUGAUAUUUAUACAAUUGCUGAAUGGGUCGAGCAACGUUUAUAUCCGUAUAUAAAACUAUUAGAAACUAUACAAAGUCAAUCAGUGGCAUUAAAACAACGUAAAACAUGGAAAAAACGACCGUUACCACCAUUAAAAGAACUAGAAAAAUAUGGGGUACCUGUUGAAACUGCAGGUUAAAAUUAAUUAUUUACCAUGUUUACGAGCUCAUAAAAAAAGACAGUUUGUAGACACACGAAAUCUAGAUUAAUGAAUAUUGUUUUUUUAUAUUAUGUAUUAAAAUGUUAAUAAAUUUUGUUAAAUAGAGCAGUUCACAUAACAAAGUGCAUUAAACGCACGUUUAACUAUGUAACAAUGGGA